CAUGUCCAGUAUCAUAGUGACAUUUGAUUUGUUUAAUUUCCACUCUCUCUACCUGUAUCAGAAUUAAUGCUUUAAAUCCUAAAUGUGCGAAUUUUAAAAUGUUUAAAUAUUUUUAAAAUUUAAUUGAUUUGUGUUACAAAUCCAGAUUUUUUUUUUACAUAUUUAUCAUUUAAAUUUUAAUUUCAAGCAAUAUUCUUUUAAUAAUUAGACAGGCCCGUACCCAGGGGGGUAGGAUGCAAGGGGUCAGGUGCACACCCCUUUCUCCUAAAAUGGGGGUGCAAUUAAACGGUGAGGGGCAGCAAGAGGAAAAUAAGAUAGAGAAAUGGGAGGAGGAAGAUUGGAUGAAGGAGGAGCCUGAAGAGGAAGAUUGGUCCAAAGACCAGGAAGAGGAGAGUGUGAUAGGAAUUGAAAGAUUGUAUAGAGUCUGCUAUGGGAAGGCAAGAGCAAGAUAUGUCAGAGUAGGGAAAGAAACAGGAGUAUUGGAAGGAGCAUGGAGGGGGAAAUGGAACAGAAAACAAGAGAACCCUUCUCCUGCUUUGGAUUGGAUAGAGGGGGAUCAGGAAGAGAAUCAUUGGAUUGAGGAAAUGGUGGGACGGGACGAGGAAUAUUGGAUUAAGGAAGUAGAGGAAGAGAAAGAGGAAGUUUGGAUAGGGGAGAAAGAGGAACAAGAAACAGGAGGAGAAAGCUUAGCUACUGAAAGCAAAGGAACAGCAGGAUUAAAAAUUUAUGCUGUGGAUGAAUGCACAGGGAAAGGAAUUACUUGUUGUAAAGAAAGUGACAAAGCUCACAGUAGAAUUAGAAAUACUGAUGAACCUGUGUGGAGAGUAAAUGAAUUACUGAGUAGUUUAGUGAUCAAUGAAAGAAAAUACAUAAACAGAUCUUUUACACAAUCCAUGAAUCAAGGUCUCCAAGUCAUCAAGACUAUUCAGGAGCCAUAUUAUAAAAGGGCCAGAGUUCUUAAGAGUCUACCACUGCAGAUAACAUUACCAAUUGACAUGAUGACACAGAAGAAGAUGUCAGUAGAGAAAAGACAACGCUGCCGAAGGUAUUUGACGCUCAUUUUUUAA